AUGUCUAUUGAAUUCGAAUGGUCUAAGCUUGAUUCAGAGUUAGAAGUAAGGCUUUUUCAUAUAUUAGAAGAUCGAGUUUCAAAGCUAGAUCUGCCAAGCUAUAUCAAAAACCUCAAGGUUACUGGAUUUCAUUUCGGAGACAUACCACCUGAAAUAAACAUUCAGGAUAUAGGAGAUCCGGAUCCACAAUUCUACGAAGAUGAAAUUUUGGAUCAGGUAAAUGAUGAAUUAGAAGGUGAUACAUCUUUGAGAACAACUUUUUCAACAUCGACUUCUGAUUUACCUCCGUACGGGGCCGAGUACAGGUUUCCAAGGCUCGCAUAUUUUCAUCCAGCGAUUAGCACACCUGGGAUUAUAUCAGCAAGUGGACUUACAAGUCCCCUUAGGGAGGAACGUCCUACGCCAACUUCAAAAAGCCGCGAAGAACGAAACCGUUCAGACGACUUUCAAGUAACAGUCCAUGCUCGAUAUGAUGGAAAUGCUAGUUUGAGUUUGGAGGCAAGUAUAUCUAUUAAUUACCCUAAUUCCGAAUUUGUCAGUCUCCCGUUUCAACUAGUAUUCAAAGAAAUAUCCAUUGACGCAAUCGCGGUGUUAGCGAAAAUGGGUUCUCGUACCAAUCUUUGCUUCGUCGACACUUUGGCUCACGGCACAGAAGAAAAUGCUUCUAGUGUAAUUAAAAAUCUCAAAAUUGAAAGUGUUAUUGGAGAAUCGAAUCGACAGCUUUUAAAAAACGUUGCCAAGGUGGAGCGUUAUGUUUCACAGAAAGUAAAAAGAAUUAUUGAAGACGAAUUAGUCUGGCCCAGUUAUCUUACUUUUGAAUAG